CAAGGCGCCUAUCUGCCUAGUAAUUCCUAUCUCGGUCACGGCCUCACGGCUUCUGCCUUCUUCCUGCCGCACGCGUCGUCGCCCAUUCGACGGCCGGAGCUCUCGGUCUCGGUCUCGGCUUCUGCCUUCCGCACGCGGCCUUCCAUUGCAACGAUCUGCCACCGGAGGGGGGUGGUUGUUGCUCCGCCGCCGACCAACUCUGGCGGCCGCCAGAGCUCGCCGGGGUGGUAGAUCUGCCCCUGCCCGCUGGUGCGCAGAUUGCUGCGUGGUUGGUGGUGCGUUGGGUGCUGGUGUGGUGUGAGGGGGUCUAAUGUGGGAGUUGCUUGGACUGUGCACUUAGGGUUCGUUUUGAGAGGUGAUGGGGCCCGUCCGGCCGUGCCCCGGUAGGCAGCCGCCGCACCGAUUUCUCCGGGAACACCCCCCCUCCCCGAGACACGAAGCGUGGGAGCGGGUAACCGUAACCGGCCAGCACCGAGGCUCUGCCGCCGACUCGCCGUCCGCCGACCACGCCGAGGCUCCAGUUCCAGAUCCGCUAGGGAUCUCCUGAUCCUCCCUCCCUGCUCCACGCGAGCUCGGCGAGACGGAUCCAUCCACGCGCGUCCUCUUCCAUAUACGCGACCUCGGAUCCUCAUCCACAAAUGCGAAUAAAUCCAUCCGCGUUCUUCUAUUGUUCUUUAUGCUGGAUCUUGCUUGCGCUAGCAGCUAGCCUGUUAUAGUGCUACUGCUACAUGUAUGCAGAGAAGUCACAGAUGGUAUGUGUUGUUCGUGCUUCCUGCUUGCCUUUUUUAGUUGGAAUUCUUGCUUGCUUGAGUAAAGAUUGUGCCAACGACACAGUUUUUACAAACCAAUUCUUUGAUUGCUUGAUGGUGGAGAAGAUUUGGAGUAGAUCAGGCUGGUUGUUUCAACUCCGGCGGGCCCUAGUUGGUUUUGGGGGAAGUUUUUACCCCGAUUUGCAAUUCGGGUUGGGGCGGGUUCUGCAGUUCGACCCCACUCUUUCAUGUCCUCUGGGCCCGUAAACAAAAUUCUGAGUUUGUGGAGAGAAGAGACUUUGGAAGGAAAUGACUGAGUGUAAACAAUCACUUGAUGAUAGACAUGGUGUCUGCUAUUGAAGAGCUUAGUGGGCUAACAACUAGAGAACUUAGUGAGAUGCUGAAAGAGUCAGACAACUUUGUUUUGCAGUCCAAGUCAGAAGAUGGAGGUCCAAAGGAGGUGGACAUGGAAAAAUUCGUGUCCUCAACGCCUCUUCAUCUCCUUGCUGUAUGUUUGGAGCUUGGGCAAGGCUCAGAUUUGGCAUAUGUGCUUCGUGGCAUGCGCUUUUUGCAUAGUUUGUCUGAGCUAGCAACUCGCCAUACUAGACUGGAGCAGGUUCUUCUGGAUGAUGUGAAAUUAGCUGAACAAGUCAUGGACCUGAUAUUCUUCCUACUUUCUAUUCUUGCACACCGGAAGAAGGAAAACAAUGUUGGUGCUUCUCCUUUUGUACAUGCGUCACUUGUAGCAGCCAGUCUUCAUCUGUUGACAAGUUACUUUUCUUCCCAGUGGCAUGAACUUGUCCAUAUUCUGCUUGCACAUCCAAAGGUUGAUAUCUUUAUGGAUGUGGCCUUUGAUAGUCUGCAUGAAGAUGUGAGGUUGUUGAGUAUCAGGCUAUCAUCAAUGGGCUUGGGUUUCUUUCCUGCUGAUCCUUUGGAGUGUCGACUCGUUCACUUCAUCUGCCAACAGUGCGAAGCAUCAUUGCAAUUUCUUUUGUUGCUGUGCCAGCAGAAGUUGUUUCGAGAUCGUAUUUUAAAAAACAAGGAACUCUCUAGAAAUGGAGGCAUACUGUCACUUUCUCGCACUAUAUUAAAGUUAGUUGUUCCUGAAUGUUUGAAAGGAUCAACUGAUAUUGUUGCUUCCAUUUCCAGACUCAAGGCAAAGAUACUUUCUAUUCUGUUGCAACUUUGUGAAGCCGAAAGUGUCUCUUACCUCGAUGAAGUUGCCACUUCCCCGAACAGCAUGCAACUAGGGCAAACUUUGGCUCUAGAGGUUCUCAAUUUGCUGAAGACUGCAUUUGGACGAAAACAAAAACUUACUGCUGAUUCUCAUGAUCAGAGUUACCCCAUGGGCUCUGUGCUUAUCAGUGCGUUGCGUCUAGUUGAUGUGUUUUCUGAUGAUUCAAACUUCAGAUCUUCCUUUAUGACCAACACUGUUCCCUUUUUGACCCAAAUUCUAGCAAUUCCUCCUGAUGAGUUUGUUUUGAGUUGGUGCUCUGUCAAUCUACCAGUGAUUGAGGAAGACGCUAAUCUAGAUUAUGAUCCGUUUGGUGCAGCUGAGGUGGCACUGUUAGCUUCUGAAGAUUCGUUGACUGAAGAUAAAGCUAACUAUUCAUGUCCUUUUCGCCUUAGCAGCAUGCCUGCAAUAGCUUAUGCUCAGACAAGGACAUCAUGUGUAGUAAAAAUAAUAGCAAAUUUGCAUGUUUUUGUUCCGAACAUAUGUGAAGAGCAAGAAAGAGACCUUUUUCUUCAGAAAUUUCAGAAGUACGUGGUGUCAGAGGGUCCUAAACUAUCAGCGGACCACCCAACUUCUAAUGAUCUUAAGGCCACUACAGUCUGUAGAAACUUAGGAUCUUUGUCUGAUUAUGCUAAAUCAUUGAUUCCUAACUUGUUAAAUGAGGAAGACGUGCAGUUAUUAAGUGAUUUUUCUGGUAAGCUACAAUCUUGGUGUAAAUCUGAAGUUGGACAGGGGGCAGUACAGGUGGUACAAAGUGAUGCUUCGUCAGAAAGCAAGGAAGACCUGCACCCGAUGCAGCAGGCCUUGCUAAGAUGGACAAGUGCUCCAGACUCCAAUAUGAAUAAACUUCCGAAGGAUGCGCAGAACAUGGAAGUGUCUACACCAAUACCCUUGAUAAAACAUGAGGGGAAUGCUAAGGAUGAGACUCCAAGAGACUGUGUCACUAGAAAUGGCAGUCUCCUGCAGAAUGCAGUUGGUCAAGACCUAGUCCAUCUUGGUGUUGCGAUAACCAUUGGUGUAGGCUAUCCAGGUGUCGCUCUUGCUGUUAAUACAGGACACCAGCGCAGCAAAAUGGAUCUUGAUCCAGCAUCCAGCAGCGUGGAGCAUUUCAAAACACCAGAGCUCACAAAAGAAAGUGAUCUCCAGGAGGAUGAGAAAGGAGACACUAGUAUGUAUGAUGAGAGGCAACCUAAGAGGAGGAAACGCACCAUUAUGAAUGAUGAACAAAUAAAUGAAAUAGAGAAGGCUCUUGUAGAUGAACCUGAGAUGCACAAGAAUACUAAUUUAUUGCAGGCAUGGUCAGAGAAGUUAAGUGUGCAGGGCCCAGAGAUUACAUCAUCACAACUUAAAAACUGGUUAAACAAUAGGAAAGCUAAGCUUGCUCGUAUCGCAAAAGAAAGAGGAGUGCCAUCUGAGGGGGAUAACGCUGACAAGUCAUCUACACCAGCUACUCCUCAUCUUGGCGAGUCCUCUGAAAGUGCUGGGGAGGACAGCUAUGUGCCACCUGCAAGGGUAAUGACUGCUCUAGGCAUAUCCAAAGCCAGCAGCAGACUGGUGAGCCCAGACAGCAACGAGCUAACCUUGCAAGCAGAGCUCUCCCAGAACAUGAUGCUGAGCCGCCCCUUUACGAGGUCAUUCUCGUUUGAGCCUGGCCGCCUUGUCUUGCUGAUGGACAGCGACGGGAAGGAGGUUGGCAGGGGGAAGAUCUUCCAGGCCGAGGGCAGGGUGCAGGGGAAGGUCAGCCUGGUGGAGAGCCGUGUCUGCAUCGUCGAUGUCACCGAGCUCAAGAUUGAGAAAUGGAGGGAGCUCCCUCACCCUUCCGAGGCGUCUGGAAGGACGUUCCAGGAGGCUGAGUCAAGGAAUGGCGGUGUGAUGAGGGUGGCAUGGGAUGUCGUCAGGCUAUCACCUGUGGUGCAGUAACUAAAAACUCUUUUCUGGGCGGUGCAUAGAAAAUAUGCUUGGAUACCUAGCAAGAAAGCACAGUAAGUAGAGCAAGCCUUUGGUUUAGGAUCAGAGACCAGAACAUGGAGACGUCUUUGGAGUUGUUAGGCGCAAGCCAGCUGCUCUGGUAACUAACAUUAUGUAAAAGUCUCCUUUUAACUGUGACUAAAUGGUAGACCUGGAUAUGUUCUGUAAGUUAUGCAAGUGGUUACUGAAUUUACUGUUCAGUUUACUGUCACCUGCAGCUAGUAAAAUUAUGUACUUAUUCC